AUGAGCAAUUUAAUAUCAAAACCAACGAAAGCUUACCUCGAAAGGGCCGCUAUCCCGUCUGUUAAGUUGAACAAGGCACAAAAACAACAACAAUUGCUAAUCUUAGAUCUCAAUGGAACGCUGGUGUCCCGAAAUCGUAAAAAUCGAUCCAUGUAUGUUCGACCUUAUAGUAAACAGUUCUUUGAGUAUAUCUUUGAAAACUUUUACGUCAUGUUAUGGUCAAGUGCUCAACCGCACUCAGUUCGUAAUAUGUGCCGAUUAUUUGGAGCCAACCAGGAAAAGAUCAAAGUGAUAUGGGAUCGAACUAAAUUCGGUCUUACUCAAAAGGACUAUAACCGUAAAGUUGCUACUAUCAAAGAUUUGGACAAAGUCUGGAAGUACUUUGACGAACAGCACCCGGAGCAACAUUUUGAUCAGACGAAUACGAUUCUUUUGGAUGAUUCGCCAAAGAAAGCACAACUUCAACCCUACAACUGCGUUCAUCCAAGCGAAUUUGAACAUACAUCUCCAACUUUCAUUUCGAGCGGCGAUUCAGAGCUUUUGCAUAUUAUGAAUUAUUUAAAGUUAUUGCAAUUUCAAAGCAACGUCUCAAAUUUCAUCCGCGAGCAACCCUAUAAUACGCUAGAGAACGAUAAGAGCAACAAUGAAAAGCUGUGGAUCUGA